AUGGAUUAGUAGGAUAAUAAGGCAUAAUCGUCAAACUAAAACUAAGGAGCUUAAUAAGAAGCUGAUGAUGAAGAAAUUAUGAUUCCAAUUACAACUUUAACAAAAAUUUCAAAUUACGUUGAUAGAUAUUUUGUUCGUUUUUAUAAAGUAUAUACAAAUGAAUCUAAGCAAUGUUUGAAUUAAUAUGCAUUUUAGCAUACAAAUAAGCUUUGCUUAAUAGGAUUAGCUCCCGAGCAUGACAUUAUUGCUAACAAAAAGACUAUUACAAAGGUAUCUUAUGAUAAAGUCUACUCAGGAGAUAUGCAAAAACUUGUUAAAGGCAAAAAGAAAAAGGGAGGAAUUAAGUCUACUCCAGAUAAAACUAUUGGAGAAAUAUUUUGUGAUGAUGGAAGUGUUUAUUAAGUUAAAGGUGUUAUAGAUGGAAAUAUAAUUGAAUUAAACGAUAACUUAUUUACCAAUCCCUAAUGGAUUACUGAAUAUCCUGACAGUAAAGGGUAUUUAGGUAUCAUAAAUAUUGGUAAAAAAGCUAAGCUGUAAAAUAGAAAUGUUUUAAAUAAAGAAUAAUAUUAACAAGUACUUUCAGGAGUCGAUAUUGAAGUAGUUAAGGCUUAAAGUAAAUUAGAAAAAUAGGAUGAAAUGGAAGAAGAAGAGGAUGAAAAUGAUAACCAAGUUGAUUAAGAUUGA